AUGGCGGCUGAAGGUACCCUGAAGGAGCUCUGCGAGGAAGCCUCUUGCUCCAUCUGCCUGGACUUCUUCAGGGACCCAGUGACCGUCGCCCAGUGCGGCCACAACUUCUGCCGAGCCUGCCUGACCCGCAGCUGGAGGGAGGCGGGGGCCGCGGAGCCUUCCUGUCCCCAGUGCAGAGGAAGGGCUCAGCCCAGCAGCCUCCGCCCCAACCAGCAGCUGGCCAGCUUUGUGGCAAUAGCCAAGAGAGUCGCUCUGCAAGAGGCCGGUGCGAAGGGGGGAGUCCGCGAGGAGGAGGAGGAAGCCUCCCUCUGCGUGGUCAGUGCAAAUGUGACUCUGGAUCCAGACACGGCCCAUCCACGACUCAUCCUGUCUGAGGAUCAGAAAAGUGUGCAAGCAGGAUUAAAAACUCAGGCUCUGCCCCACAAUCCUGAGAGAUUUGACGGGGAGUAUAUUGUGCUGGGCCGUGAGGGAUUCACAGGAGGCUGCCAUUUCUGGGAAGUCCUUGUGAGAAGUGAGGAAGCAUGGGCUGUGGGUGUGGCCAGAAAAUCUGUCAGGAGGAAGGGAACCUUCACCUUGAAUCCUGACGAAGGGAUCUGGGAAGCAGGGAAGUGGGGGGGCAGCUACAAGGUUUCUGUAACAGGCCAUGGCUGUUACAGACUGUUGACUGUGAGUGGGGAGCUCAAGAGGAUCCGAGUCUGUCUGAACUAUCCUGGGGGUCGAGUGUCCUUUUUUGAUGCUGACCGAGCAGCCCUUCUCUAUGAGUUCUCUGGAGCCUCCUUUCAUGGAGAGACCCUCCUGCCCUUAUUUUGGGUGUAUGGAAAAGGCCACCUCAGAAUCUCUUCCUAA